CUCUUCCUUUCUCUUUCACCUCUGUCUCCGUGUCUGGUCGGAAUUACAAAGCAUUCAACAACAAUAACAAUAAAGUUUUAAGUAUCAGGCGUGACAUUAAAAGCAAACGCUUUGAUGCUCCACCUGAGAAUAAAUCUGUAAGGCUUGUUACCAGCAUUCAGACAUCAAUUCUGCUUGCUUCACAGCCAGACAGGACACGGUAAAAAAAAAUAAAAUAAACUGGUCUGAUGAGCCAAGAUGGACCCUGUUCCCCCUAUGCCGCUGUGGCUACAUUGUUGCUCAUCACCAGUGUGUGAAUGUGUGUGUGCGCGUGGAUGAAUGACUGAUUGUGUUGUAAAGCACCUUGGGGGGUUGGAGAAUGCUAGAAGGCACUAUAUCAAAUACAGGCCAUUCACCAUUUUACCAUUUAUUGAGGUUAACUUUUGGUAUUGAGAAAAUAUUAUAAUGUGAUUUUUUUACAUUCUGUCUCACAAAGUUGAAGUGUACCUAGGAUACACGUUACAGACCUCUCAUAUUUUACGUGAGACAACUUGCACUAUGGGUGCACCCAAACACAUUUUCUGUGUUUAUCUUGUACAGUUUGACCUUUAUUUAUUCUGAACAUCCUCUUUGUUGAGACGUUUUUUGUGCAUAGACCUGAUGUUAACUAAACUAGAUUAGAGUGGAAAAUGUGUCAAACAACUUUUUGAGAAUUGUCAUGAAGUUCUAAUGUUUGAGCAGACCCCAGAGCACUUUUAAAAUGUAAACAUUCUACUGCAAUUGCUUUGCAUUUAGGACACAAGGUGAGCUGCUGUCAUCACAAUGAAAAGUUGCAUCCUGCUCUUUGAUCACAGUUUACUUCUCCUAUUUACUAACGCGUCUGUUGCAGCAACUCACAAAGUAGGUGUCAACAUGACAGUUACAGUCAAGUUAUCUGGGACUGAUGGGCUAAUCAUCAGGUUUGCAUCGUACUGACCCAGUUUAGAAGAUGAAGAAAGAUUAUAGUAUUUGCAGACAUGCAAACUUUCAGUGUUACAGUUUUUUUUUUACAGACGUUAGGACCCAUUUCUCAAUACUUAGGUCACAUUAGCAAAACUCUACAUGCAGUGUGCACAACAGAAGUCUAUGUGGGCCAAACUGAGGAUCAAUUAUCAUUGCUUUGGCACAAAAGGCACUGAGUGACUACAUCUCUCAAAUGUCAUGAAGUCCCUUCUCACUCAGACACAACAACUGCCAAAAACCAUUGUACUAACAGGACAUUUAGCACUUGCUUACAUACUGUUCACAAAACUGUAAAACUUAUGUUCAAAACAAAAACAUACUGCAAAACUGAAUGUGACAGCAACAUCCAACAGCAAUAUGUUAUUGAAACAUAAAUGCAGUUUAACCAGCCACAGCUGACUCUAAUUGUAGAUGAAAAGCUGCACAGGUGUUACACUUUCAAUGUCAUUAUAAAAGUAGUCAACACCAACAUAUAUAAUUGUAUGUGACAAUGUGGCAUUUCACCACUCCCAUGCAGUCACAGAGUGGUUUGUGGCCCAUCCCAGAAUGGAGUCACUUUUCCUCCCACCUUACUCUCCAUUCCUCAACCCCAUAGAGGAAUUCUUUGCCUCAUGGCAGUGGAAGGUGUACGACCAUCAUCCACACGAUCAAAUGUACCUUCUGGAUGCAAUGUAUGCUGGAUGCCUGGACAUUUCAGUAGUAGAUUACCAGGGAUGGAUCAGGCAUGCCAGAAGAUUCUUUCCUAGGUGUGUUGCCCUAGAUGACAUAAGAUGUGAUGUGGAUGAGAACCUGUGGCCAAAUGGAGAAGACCGAGUAGAUUAGCAUAUUGAAUCUGUAUCAGAGGAUGUUGUGUUUCUGUGGUGGUGUCCUGAAGAGUUGAUUCAGAGCUAACCACUGCGCCACCACAGCCCUCAAAUAAAAACAUAAAAUAGCUAUAUCUUGUUUUUCUAAAUUAUGUCUACAUAAUCAUAUUCAUGGGAUAUACCCACCACACGUCAUUGGACUGCUUAAUAAGCUCUCCACCUAACCAUCUGUUUUAUUUAUUUAUUUAAUAUGGUAAAUGGCCUGUAUUUGAUUAUAACUCCUUCUAGAGUCCUGGAACCCCUCAAGGUGCUUUACAACAUAAUUAGUCAUUCACCCAUUCACACACGCAUUCACACCCUGGUGGUGAUGAGCUACAUUAGCCACAGCUGCCCUGGGGCACACUGACAGACGUGAAUCUGCCGUACACAGGCAAGGGGGGUUAAGUGUCUUGCCCAAGGACGCAAUGACAGUGACAGACUGAGCGGGGCUUGAACCUGAAACCUUCUGACUACGGGGGAGCACUUAACUCCUGGGCCACCAUCACCCGAUUUUAUUUACCUUAUGGAGGCAAAUAAUAUCUAAAUGUGCUGUUUAACAGUGCAUUUCUGAGUGACAGACGAGAGGAAACGUUACUGAGAAGAAUUUUCUAAAAGGAGACAAAGUGUGAGAGAAAUGCACUAGUUAAAUUUUAGUUAUGGGAAAUUUUAUUGGUUUUUCUAAAUAAAACAGAAUCAUUGUUUACCUUACUUUGACAGCCCGGCUCAUGGGACCACAACAUAAAGAGAACUGGACACGUGGUGCAAAUAUUUUAUUAAAAUUGGCCUCCAAAAUACCUCACCAAAAUGCAACUAUGGCAGGAGCUCUCCACAGGUGAUCUCCACAAUCACUCUGAACUCUUUCUAAAGUUGCACCCAGCAGGCUUUAUGCUGCACCCACAGGCGCAGCCACACGGUGCAAUUACAGGCUGCACACAGCCAGGUUAAUGAAGAGGCAGGAGGGCUCUAACCCAAUCAUCUGGUUGCACCUGCGCAGCAACACCUGCUUGCCUGCAGGUCGAGUACUUUGUUUCUCCCAAUGGCAGGGGCCAUAGCACUGGCAGUUACAUAUGUUUUAAUACAUUUGAAAAUAUCACACUGUAUCUUCUUUUACUGUGCUAAGCAUUGUGUUAAAAAGACAUUUGUGCAACUAUUGGGUAGGACCUGCUGUAGUCUGCUGCUGCUCACCUGCUUAAAAUGUUAACAUGUUGAGCAGUUGAGAUGCAUUUAUUGUUUUUAGCAAAUGAUUUUUCUCUGGGGAAGAGAUGUGGUGAAUUUAUUAUCAGUUGCUCCUUUGCAAGAUAAAAAUGCGAUAGGGUUUAAGAAACUAAUUUCACACUCACUAGAGACGAUGGCAGUCUAACACGGACGAUGGUUGAGAGAUUGUAAAAGAUAAUAAAUACAUGCACAAUAUUUUAUCGCAGAAGUGGUUUAGAUGCUUUGGUCAGUUUGGAUUGAAAGGAAAGUUUCUCAGCAAGUUGUCCUAUAAAAAGCCCAUCUUUACAUUCCCGAGAGCAUAAGCUAGAGUCACUGGCAGCAUGCACGGGCUGAAUAAACUUCUGCUUUUUGGUGUUUUGGUGUGUUUCGCACAAACUGGUAAGGAAUCAAAUCUUAUUUCUUAUUCUGAAACUAUGAUUUAGUCACUAACCUGAUGUUUAUUUUUCAGUCGGUGGUAGUGAGAUCAUAGAUGGAGAAAAAGCUCCAGAGGACUCAAUGCAGUACAUGGUCUCACUGCAAAGCAAUUCGGGUCACGAAUGUGGAGGAUUUCUAAUCAGUGAAGAGUUUGUGGUAACUGCAGCACACUGUAGCGAUCACGCAGCUCUUCAGCACGUUCGUCUGGGACACCACGAUCUCAAAGAAGCCAAGUCAAUCAGUAUUGAAUAUACGUGCAAGUUCCCAGCUUAUUGGAGUGUAGGACACGACGAUGACAUCAUGCUUGUUAAACUGGCAGAGAGGGCUCCUCUAAACAGCAAAACCAAAACAAUUCCACUUCCUAAUUCUGCAACAAAUCUGAAGGAAAAUCAGACGUGCUCUGUGGCUGGAUGGGGAAAGACAGAAACUCACCGCUAUGGUGUCACGGAGCUGAGAGUGGUGAGCGUGUCCAUCAUAGAUCCACCAAUCUGUCAGGAGAUGUGGGGAAAUGAUCUUCCUCGUAACGUCAUCUGUGCUGGUGGAUUUGGCACUAAAAAGGGAUUCUGUCAGGGUGACUCAGGUGGUCCACUGGUGUGCAACGGGGAAGCUGUUGGGGUUGUGUCUUCUAACAGACAUGACAACUGCGACUACCCAGACGUACCGAAUGUCUAUACAGACCUCUCCAAGUAUCUCCCAUGGAUUCACAAUGUUCUGAGAGAAAAUAAUUUCAGCAACUUAACCAAAAGGCUACAGCACGUUGGAAACUUUCCUGAAGCAACAAUGGUGCAGAAACAGGAAGAUGUCGUCUUCAAAAAUUAUAAAAGCAGGAGAGCCGAGGCUCCGUUGAUGAAGACCAUGGCAGUCAGUGUUAUACUUCUCCUGCUCUCUGCCCUCAACGGUGCUUAUGGAUCACAUAUUGUUGGAGGCAAAGAUGCUGCACCCCACUCUCUCCCAUUUAUGGCCUCACUGCAAGUCGAUGGUCAACAUUUCUGUGGAGGAGUCCUCAUUAGAGAGGACUUUGUUCUUACAGCAGCACAUUGUCAACUACCAGUAUCGCACACAGUUGUGCUUGGAAUUGAUUCUCUGAGUGGCGAUGAGUCAAGUAAGCAGGAAAUCCCUGUUCUUCGAUCCAUUCCACAUUCAAACUUCAGUCAACUUGAAAACGACAUCAUGCUGCUUAAGCUGAGUGGCCGGGCGCGGCUCACCGAAGCAGUGAAGUUGAUCCCUCUGAGGUCUAGCCGGCUGACAACAGGAAGUCGCUGCAUCACAGCAGGCUGGGGAGAUAUAGGAGAUAACGAAACCUUAGCAAACAGGCUUCAAGAGCUCAACGUCACUGUUUUGUCACAAAGGUCAUGUCAAAGACGAUGGAGGGAAGUUCCGAUUGCUGCUUCAAUGGUUUGUGCCAUUGGCAAUAGGAGGAAUGAGGGCUUCUGCUCGGGGGAUUCAGGUGGUCCGUUGGUGUGUGAUGGAGCUUCAACAGGCAUCGUCUCCUUCUCUGGACGUCAAUGUGGAAGCACCAGGACCCCUGACGUCUACACCAGGGUUUCCUCCUUCACGGACUGGAUCAGAAGUGUAUUAACCAACAAUUAGAUCAAUUAGAUCAGGGAAUUGUUGUAUCACAGGUUUAUUGGGUAAAUGAAGUGUUCCCAUGUUGAAUUACCUCACGAGUGAGAGAAACUAUUGAUAUUUAGGGAUGUUUUUUUAAAUUAAAGGCUAAAAAAGAUAACAUUUUAAGCAGAAUGUAAAAGACAAAAUCCAUGUUUUCUCACCUUCACCACUCACCACUUAAGAAUUUAAGUCAUUGUGUUGAACAACCAAAUAACAAAUUCUAGCAUACGACUGAAAAAUAGACAUUUUUUGUUAAAAAAAAAAAACAAACAUUGAAAAUCCAUUUCAAAUAAAGUGUUGUGGGCAAGGCAUUGAGGAUUUGAGCCCUCCCGCUCCAAAAACAGGAUGCAUUCUGCUCAUUGUGGACAUGUCUUUGUUUAUUGAAACGUUUUGUAAUAAACUGGAAAAUGUUAAUAGCACAAUUGCAAAUAGAGACUGAUCUAAACAUGCAAACUGUACUGUGAAUUUCAGUCCUGUAGGAGAUUUUAGCUGUUGAGUAAAAGUGUAAAAUUA